AGGCUUAUCUCAGAACGGGGGAACUGUCCUACAACUACCACAAGGGAAAAUAUCCUUUUGCUCUGCAAAUUAAGCCACAAAAUCAAACACUCACAGCUUGUUUUGAUUAGAAAGUUGAAGUUUUGUUCUUAGGACCAUGGCAGAGAAGAGCAAAAUCCUAAUACUUGGAGGCACAGGAUACAUUGGAAAAUUCAUAGUUGAGGCAAGCGCAAAAGCAGGACACCCAACGUUUGCCUUGGUUAGGGAGAGCACUGUUUCUCAUACUGACAAAUCAAAGCUUAUUGAGAGCUUCAAGAACUCCGGAAUCACCCUCUUUUACGGUGAUCUAACUGAUUAUGGAAGCCUUGUCAAGGCAAUCAAGCAAGUUGAUGUUGUGAUAUCUACUCUAGGUUUACAACAGAUAGAUGACCAAUUGAAGCUCAUAGCAGCAAUAAAAGAAGCUGGAAACAUCAAGAGGUUCCUCCCAUCUGAGUUUGGGAUAGACGUGGACCGUCACAAUGCAGUUGAGCCAGCUGCCAGCAGUUUAGAGAAAAAAGCGAAAAUCCGAAGGGCAAUUGAAGCUGAAGGAAUUCCUUACACUUAUGUAUGUUCUAAUGCCUUUGCUGGUUACUUCUUAUCCACACUCGGACAGCAAAAUGUUACGGCUCCACCCCGGGAUAAGGUAGUUAUUCUUGGAGAUGGAAAUGCCAAAGGAGUUUAUGUCACGGAGGAGGACAUUGGGACUUAUACCAUCAAAGCAGUGGAUGACCCAAGAACCUUGAACAAAAUUCUGUACCUGAGACCCCCUGCCAAUGUUUUGACCUUUAACGAGCUCGUCUCCUUGUGGGAGAAUAAGAUUAAGAGCACCCUUGAGAAAAGUUAUGUUCCGGAGGAUCAACUUCUAAAGAACAUCCAGGAGACUCCUUUCCCUGGGAACUUCAUGUUGGCGUUAUGCCACUCAAUGCUGGUAAAGGGGGAUUGUACAAACUUUGAGAUUGACCCUUCUUUCGGUGUGGAGGCUUCUGAACUUUAUCCUGAGGUGAAAUACACCACCAUCGACAACUCUUUGAAUGCGUUUGUCUGAAAUCUAAGGAAUAUGCAUCGCUGCCAAUAUGUAAACUGUCAAAAUAUGUACUUGUUUUCUUAUUAAUUGUUGUAAAUAUUAGGUCUUUUAUUAUUAUUAGUAUUUGUUGUAUUGGGCCAAGCCCAUUAGGUCAAGAAUUAGGGUUUUUGGUCUCUAUAAAUAGAGACCUCUUUGUAUCAUAUUAAUUCACAAUUCAAUAAUAUUUCAA